AGUACGAGACUCCAAGACAAGAUGAUGCAUAAUGGAAGGAGCUGAAAUGAACGGAGAGCGUUGCUUCCGGAGGCAAGAACUGGAGUUCUUGGACACGCUUAAAGCAGCUCUCCAACUCUACCUCCACAACUUCAACUUCAUCAUCUUCACUCUCCUCACUUCCGUCCCACUAAUUACUUUGUUGGUGUACAGUGAAAUAAUCGUCCACAGGACCUUGUACGAAGUUUCAGAGUUCCUCUGCGGAACUCCCGAUUACUCGUAUUUCUUCGAUGGGCCUCGAUCAGAUAGUUACGCCACGAGAUUGACCCGAGAGACUCUUCCCAAGAUUAUCCGAGUAUUCCUGCUUUACUUGGUGCCUUACCAUCUCCUAGACCUCUUCAGCUUAGUCUUGACGGUCGAUGCAGCGUCGGAUCUGAUAGUUGCAGAGAAGGAGCCGGCCAGUCUCAAGCACGUCACCCUGAAAGCUCUCAAGAAGACCCGGUUCAGAGGCCCCUUCAUCACAUCCCUCGUUUCUUUCAGUCGUCCAAUAGGGUACUUCGGAGAAGCCUUGUUGGGUUUAGUCCAUGGAGUGGCUUUCUGUGCCCUGCUAAAGAAGUACAUGGACUGGAGUGCCGAGUGGAACAUGGGUUUGGUCGUUUCUAUCUUGGAGGACUCCUAUGGGAGUGAAGCGAUAGACGUCGCUGCUUACUUGAGCAAAGGGAACAGUAAAAAGGGUGCUCUUCUGAUGUUGGUGUUCUUCCUGUGGGGACUCUGUCUGAGGUUGCCAUGUCUCUUUGGCAAGUGUAGCGAGAGAAAUGGUGGGGUUUUGGUCAUUAGUGUGGGGAUGUGUCUGGUGUGUGUAGGGAAUGUGUUGAAGUGGACGACUUGCUUGCUGUACUUCAAUGAGUGCAAGAAGCGGGUUGUGGAGAAGAAGUUCGAUGAGGAAGAAGGGAAGGGUGUUGCUCGAGCGAUUGUGCAGGAGAAUAUGAGGGUCGUGCAAUCAGAAGCCGAAGCUGUUGGCAGUGCCUGACGAACAUACGACACGGUCUCUGCAUUUGCAAAGGUCUACAAUUCUGUACUAAUCUUUAUCGUUUUCAUGCAAGCAAAGAACCAGUAGAUGGAUAUGUGUUAAAAUCUUCAAGUAUAAGAUCGAAUGGAAUCUGGCGAAAUCAGGCGUGAAAUA